CACUCCUUUUAAAAGUCAGCUAAGGAUGCAAAUAAGGACUUAUAAAGCGCCUUUAAAAUCCCCCGAACGGCACGUCAUAGAUACAACGUCAAACAAAUCAUUUGAGAACAACAAGAAAUGGUGAACUCAACUUCGGAGCUCGUCUUCAUCCCUGCACCAUGGGUUGGUCACAUUAUGUCCACCAUCGAGAUCGCAAAACUGCUCGUGAAUCGCGACAACCACCUCUCCAUUACUGUCCUACUCAUUAACCCACCGCCAACCUUCGGCUGGAGCUUCGCCGUCACCACCUACAUCCAAUCAUUAGCAAAGACCAAAAUAGAUCGCAUAACCUUCAUCAACCUCCCUCAAGACAAAAACUCAUCAGUCUCAAAAGUUCCCAUGGCUACCUUGACUGAUUGUAUCAACAACCACUGCAAAUACGUAAGAAAAAUUGUCGCCCACAAGAUGAGUCAACCAGUUCCGGGGUUGGGCAAGGUAGUCGCGUUCGUCGUCGACAUGUUCUGCACUGGGAUGAUAGAUGUGGCAAACGAGUUUAAUAUUCCGACAUAUGUGUUCUUCACUUCUAAUGCUGCUUUUCUUGGAUUUAAGUUGUACAUCCAGACACUCUCUGAUGACAAGAAUCAGGACGUUGUCGAGUUAAGCAACUCAGAUUCCAAGAUUCCCGUUCCGUGUUUUAUCAAACCAGUGCCCACAAAGGUUUUUCCGGCCACAUGCCACACUCAAGAAGGGCUGGAGUUUGUUUUGCGGUCUGCCCGGAAACUGAGAGAUGCGAAAGCCAUCAUUGUCAAUACAUUCUUGGAAUUGGAAACACACGCUAUCGAUUCAUUAUCGAAAGAGAAAACGGUUCCGAUGGUGUAUCCGGUGGGUCCUAUACUCAACCUAGAAGCCGGUGCCGGAAAAGCGUCAAGUAAUGAUGAUAUAAUCACCUGGUUGGACACCCAACCGCCUUCCUCCGUGGUGUUCCUCUGUUUUGGGAGCAUGGGAAGUUUUGACGAGGUUCAGUUAAAGGAGAUAGCAAACGGCUUAGAGCGAAGUGGCCACCGUUUCCUGUGGUCGCUACGUCGACCUCCUUCGGAUCAAACAACAACAGCCCCGAGUGAUUACGAAGACCCCGGAACGGUAUUGCCGGAAGGAUUCUUAGAGCGGACUGCCGGAAUCGGAAAAGUAACAGGGUGGGUCCCUCAGGUGGCUGUGUUGGGUCAUGAUGCAGUUGGAGGAUUUGUGUCUCACUGCGGGUGGAACUCGUUGUUAGAGAGCUUAUGGUUUGGUGUACCAUCGGCGGCAUGGCCAAUCUACGCGGAGCAGCAACUUAAUGCGUUUGAAAUGGUGGUGGAGCUUGGGUUGGCGGUGGAGAUUAAGAUGGAUUAUAAGAAGGAUUUUGUUAAUCAGAAGGCUAAUAAAGUGGUAGUCACGACGGAGGAGAUUGAAAGUGGCAUAAGACGAUUGAUGGAGGAUUACAAGUUGAGGAAAAAGAUGAAAGAAAUAAGGGAGAAGAGCAUAGCGACGGUGGCGGAGGGAGGUUCAUCGUAUGCUUCUGUAGGGCGUCUAAUUAAGGACCUUAAACUAAACCUGUUAUGAUUUCUCUUUCAACUGUUGUGUACUUAGUUAAUCACAUAUGCAAUGACUAGGGUUCAUUAUGUAACUGAUAUAUUAAAUAAACAAAUUAAUUAAUUAAUAAGAAAAGAAAUAUAAAGUACCUUUAAAACUAGUACCAUUUAAAACUAAAGCCAGUAAAAAGCGAUGUACCUCAAAUGUUAUGAAUUGUUUAGUUGUAACUUGUGUGCUUGUAUUGUACCGAAGUUUGUGGAAAGGGAGAUAUGAGUUUCCAAGUGUUUAGAGUGGAAGACUUAGAAGUGAAUGGAGAAAAUAGUUGGCGCAUGUAUACCAUGUG